AUGUCUACGAAGGCAGAGCAGUUUGCCUCUAAGAUACGAUACUUGCAAGAGUAUCACAACCGUGUGCAACACAAUAUUUACCCUGUGCCCUCCGGAACAGACAUUGCAAACACACUGAAAUACUUUUCCCAAACCCUGCUCAGCAUUCUGUCCCGCACAGGCAGGAAGGAGAACCAGGAAGCUUCCAAUUUGGCCGUGCCCAUGACCAUGUGUCUUUUUCCUGUGCCAUUCCCACUCACCCCAUCUCUAAGACCACAAGUCAGUUCCAUCAACCCUACAGUUACUCGCUCCCUCCUUUACAGCGUUCUGCGCGAUGCCCCGUCAGACCGCGGGGGGCAGGGGCAGCAGAGUCGGGACGCUCAGCUCUCAGAGUACCCCUCUCUGGACUAUCAGGGCCUCUAUGUGACCCUCGUGACCCUGCUUGACCUGGUGCCCCUGCUGCAGCACGGUCAGCAUGAUCUGGGACAGUCCAUAUUUUACACAACAACUUGCCUCCUGCCCUUUCUCAGUGAUGAUAUUCUCAGCACUUUGCCCUAUACUAUGAUCUCCACUUUAGCCACAUUUCCCCCUUUUCUCCACAAAGACAUCAUUGAGUACCUGAGCACCUCUUUCCUCCCCAUGGCUAUAUUGGGCUCCACUCGGAGGGAGGGAGGAGUCCCGGCCUAUGUCAAUCUGUCUGCUUCCUCCAUGCUCAUGAUUGCAAUGCAGUACACCACAAAUCCAGUGUAUCACUGUCAAUUGUUGGAGUGUCUAAUGAAGCACAAACAGGAAGUGUGGAAGGACCUUCUUUAUGUCAUAUCCUAUGGCCCAUCCCAAGUAAAGCCUCCAGCUGUGCAGAUGCUGUUUCAUUACUGGCCCAACCUGAAGCCGCCAGGAGCCAUCAGUGAAUACAGGGGGCUUCAGUACACAGCCUGGAACCCCAUCCACUGUCAACAUAUCGAGUGCCACAAUGCUAUCAAUAAACCUGCUGUCAAGAUGUGUAUAGAUCCUACUCUUUCUGUUGCCCUGGGAGACAAGCCCCCUCCUCUUUAUAUAUGCGAGGAGUGCAGCCAGAGGAUAGCGGGAGACCACGCUGAAUGGCUUGUUGAUGUACUCCUUCCCCAAGCAGAAAUAUCUGCCAUUUGUCAAAAGAAGAAUUGUAGCUCUCAUGUUAGGAGGGCUGUGGUCACCUGCUUCUCUGCUGGCUGCUGUGGGCGCCAUGGCAACCGGCCUGUCCGCUACUGCAAGCGUUGCCAUGUCAACCACCACAGUAAUGAGGUGGGGGCUGCGGCGGAGACCCAUCUUUACCAGACCUCGCCCCCUCCCAUCAACACCAGGGAGUGCGGAGCAGAGGAGCUAGUGUGCACUGUGGAAGCUGUUAUAAGCCUUCUCAAGGAGGCAGAAAUUCAUGCAGAACAGCGUGAGUUUGAGAUGAACAGGCGUCGUCAGAUGGGCCUGUCCGCCUCCCACCACUCUCUGGACAACAUUGAGUUUGACAACAAGGAGGACGACCAGCACGACCAGCGGCUCCUCAGUCAGUUUGGCAUCUGGUUCCUGGUGAGCCUGUGCACACCCAAUGAGAACACGCCAACAGAGAGUCUGGCUCGGCUGGUCAGCAUGAUCUUCCAGUGGUUUCACUCCACUGCCUACAUGAUGGACGAUGAGGUUGGAAGCCUGGUGGAGAAGCUAAAGCCGCAGUUUGUCACUAAGUGGCUAAAGACAGUGUGUGAAGUGCGAUUUGACGUCAUGGUCAUGUGUCUGCUGCCCAAGCCUGUUGAGUUUGCCAGGGUGGGAGGAUAUUGGGACAAGUCAUGUAGCACAGUGACCCAGCUGAAGGAGGGCCUGAACCGGAUCCUGUGUCUGAUACCUUACAAUGUCAUCAGUCAGCCACUGUGGGAGUGCUUUAUGCCUGAGUGGCUGGAGUCCAUUCGCACUGAGGUGCCCGACCACCAGCUCAAAGAGUUCCGGGAAGUGCUCAGUAAGAUGUUUGAUAUUGAGCUGUGCCCCCUGCCCUUCUCCAUGGAAGAAAUGUUUGGCUUUAUCAGCUGCAGAUUCUCUGGCUACCCAGCGUCUGUGCAAGAGCAGGCUCUGCUGUGGCUGCAUGUGUUGUCAGAGCUGGACAUUGUGGUGCCUCUUCAGCUGCUGAUCGGGAUGUUCUCUGAUGGAGUGAACUCUUUGAAGGAGCUGGCCAAUCAGAGGAAGGCACGCGCCUCAGAUCUUACUGGCAACACUGGGGCUCGCAGGGUGAGCGUGGUGUCAGAUCCAGGACGCCAUGGGCAGCACAACACCCUCAGUCCAUUCCCCAGCCCCUUCAGGAGCCCAUUCCGGAGCCCCCUGCGCUGCAGCCCCUUUAAAAACCUGGGUCACGCCACCGGCCACUGCGCUCUGGAUUUGGACUGUGACGAUGAUGACAUGAACCUUGGCUGCUUCAUCCUCAUGUUUGACCUCAUCCUAAAGCAGAUGGAGCUCCAGGAUGACGGUGUGAUGCUGGGUCUAGACAGCAGCCUGGGGAAGGAUAUCGUGGGCAUCAUCAACAACGUCUUCCAGGCCCCUUGGGGAGGCUCACACACCUGCCAGAAGGAUGAGAAGGCCCUGGAGUGCAGCCUGUGCCAAUCCAGUAUCCUGUGCUACCAGCUGGGAUGUGAGCUUCUGGAGAGGCUGACCCCCCGAGAAGAGAUUCGCCUUGUGGAACCUACGGAUAGUUUGGAAGAAACUUUGCUGUUGUCUCAGCCAGAAUUCUGCCUCGGUGCUGAGAAUGCAAAUGAGGAAGGAGACAACCCAUGUGGCGCGCACACUGACAACCCCAGUAACCAUUCUCCUGAUAACCCAUCCAUGAAGAAUAACUCUGAUAAGAAGUUCUCCUACCAGCAGCUCCCUGUGUCUUUGAAGCUCAUAUACACCAUUCUGCAGGACAUGUCCAAGUUUGAGGAGCCUGACAUCUUGUUCAACAUGCUGAACUGUCUGAAGAUCCUGUGUCUCCAUGGAGAGUGUUUGUACCUUGCCUGCAAGGAUCACCCCCAGUUCCUGGCCUACAUCCAGGAAAAGAUGCUCAUCCCGAGUCUGUGGUCCAUGUUGAAGUCAGAGUUUUGCCAGCUGGCCUCACUGGCUGUGCCUCAGCUUCUCCAUGCCCUGUCUCUGUCGCAUGGGGCGGACAUCUUUUGGAACCUCAUCAACACAAACUUCAACAGUAAAGACUGGAAAAUACGGUUUGAAGCAGUGGAGAAGGUAGCGGUGCUGUGUCGGUUUCUGGACAUCGGUGCGGUGACGAAAAACCACUUGCUGAAGUAUUCCCUAGCCCAUGCUUUCUGCUGCUUUCUGGCCUCUGUGGAGGACGUCAACCCAGCUGUGGCCACCCGGGCCAGACUGCUGCUGGACACCAUCAAGAGGCCGGCCCUGCAGGGGUUAUGCCUGUGCCUGGAUUUCCAGUUUGACACUGUUGUAAGGGAUCGGCCCAUCAUCCUAAGCAAGCUCCUGCUGCUGCACUUCCUGAAGAAAGACGUUCCUGCGCUGAGCUGGGAGUUCUUUGUCAACCGCUUUGAAACAUUAUCUCUGGAGGCUCAGUUACACCUGGACUGCAACAAGGAGUUCCCUUUCCCUACUACCAUCACAGCCGUACGAACCAACGUAGCCAACCUCAGUGAUGCAGCAAUGUGGAAGAUACGACGGGCCCGCUUCGCUAGGAAUCGGCAGAAGAGUGUGCGUUCGCUCCGUGACAGUGUAAAGGGAGGCCCAACAGAGUCUAAACGGGCAUUUUCACUCCCUGAGUCACUGAGCAACCGAAUUCCUCUUAGGCUUACGAGGCAAGAGCACUCUGCCCCGACACUGGGAGAUUUGAUAGAAAAAGUCCUACCAGCACGUUUCCUCCCGCACUUUAACCCUGAUGCUUCAGCCCCUCUUGUAGGCCAGACCCCGUCUCCCGAGGACGACACUAUCAUUAGAGACCUGCUUCCUGAGGACGCCGGCGUUGAUCACCAGACGGUUCACCAGCUUAUUAUGGUGCUCAUGAAAUUCAUGGCCAAAGACCAGAGCAGUGCAGAGGCCGACAUCGGCAGUGCCAAGGCUUUCAACACAGUGAAGCGUCACCUGUACGUGCUGCUGGGCUAUGACCAACAGGAGGGAUGCUUCAUGAUUGCUCCUCAGAAGAUGCGCACCUCUACCUGCUUCAACGCCUUCAUCGCCGGCAUUGCACAAGUGAUGGACUACAAUAUUUGUUUGGGGAAGCAGCUGCUCCCCCUGGUGGUCCAGGUAUUGAAGUACUGCACGUGUCCCCAGCUGAGACACUAUUUCCAGCAGCCCCCUCGAUGCUCUCUCUGGGCCUUGAAACCACACAUCAGACAGAUGUGGCUCAAAGCCCUGCUAGUUAUACUAUACAAGUACCCUUACAGAGACAUGGAUGGGAGUAAAGUGGUCCUCCAUCUGAUCCACAUCACCAUCAACACACUGAAUGCCCAGUAUCACAGCUGUCGUCCCCACGCUACAGCAGGACCCCUCUACAGCGACAACUCUAACAUGAGCCGCUACAGCGAGAAAGAAAAAGAAGAGGACAGUGUAUUUGAUGAGUCAGAUGUCCAUGACACGCCGACUGGUGCUGCUAACAAGGAGUCACAGACCUUCUUUGCCCGCCUGAAGAGGAUUGGUGGCAGCAAGUCUGUGAAGUACCAGCCAGUAGAGCUGAAUGCCAAGAAAAGUGAAAUUGAGCUGUCAGAGUACCGUGAAACCAGCGCUCUUCAGGACAGCAUUCUGCACUGUGUGAGGGAGGAGAGCACCAGGAAGAAGCGGCUGCAGGCCAUGCACAAGCAGAAGUCUCUGGACAUUUCAAACACUGACUCCAUCCUCUUUAAUCUGGACGAACACCGACGUAAAUCCUGCAUUGAUCGCUGUGACAUGCAGGCGCCCCCUGUGGCCCCAUCCUCAGCCACAUCCCACGGCAGGCACCAGGGCAAAGGCUCAUCUAAUGGCUCUUCAGUUCGAGUGGAGGGCAGUGAUGCUGUGGAUCAGCGAGGCUCCAAGCCUGUCAUCCCAGAGGUCCGCCUCAGCUGCAUGGAGACCUUUGAGGACAAGUUAGACCUGGGCUCGCUAGGAGGAUCAGCUCAGGGGAAGGAGGACCAAGACCUCAUUGACCUCUCCUCGGACUGCACCUCCAUUCCAGAAAAACACUCACUGCUCUCCAUGUCCGACAGCGACUCCUUGGUGUUUGAACAGUUGCCUCCUCUGAGGAUCGUAGAAAGCGACGAGGAGUUUGACCUCAACACCAUCGUAGCCUCCAAGUUCAACGGGAGUCCAAAGUUCUCUACUUCUCCUGCUAGCAGCAAGACUUUGCGACUGUCUCCUGUGGUUCAGGUGAGUGUAGAGGACUGUUCCAGUGACCUGCGGGUGGCAGAGGGAGGCUCAGAGCAACCGCUUGUGGUAAAGAAGCCAAACCCUGUGACUCCUAGUGUCUCCCUGGAUCUUCCUGACCAACUGGAAAAUGUCUGCCAUGAAAGCCCAAUGACCCUGAAGCAGAAGAGAGACUUGCUGAAGAAGACCCCAAAUGUCCCCGACACCUCACUAGACGACAGUCCCUCUGGUAGGACCAUCUUCUUGGACAUCCCAGAAGACAAAGCAGAGCCUCUUCUCUCACCAGAAAAAAGCAAGAGCGACAGCAACAACGAAGAAGAAGAGGAUGGGGAUGAUGAAGAGGACGACGACAUGGGUGAUGAAGCUGACAGCGACCAAAAACCUGACAAUGCGGAUGACAAUGAUGAGGCAGAGUUUAAAAUCCAGAUUGUUCCCCGACAACGGAAGCAGAGGAAGAUAGCUGUCAGUGCCAUCCAGAGGGAAUACCUGGACAUCACGUUUAAUAUGUUCGACAAGCUGGGCGGUGAGCAGACCACAGAAACCGAUCACAAAGUUCUGUCUACAUUGGAAAAGCCACGAGAAUCUGCCUCAGCCCCAACGCUCGAAGCUGCUAUGCCUGAAACAAGCCACCGCUCUUCAGUAUCAACUCAGUACCGUCAGGUGAAGCGAGGCUCUCUGGGAGCUCUGACCAUGAGCCAGCUAAUGAAGAGACAGCUGGAACACCAAUCCAGUGCGCCACACAACAUCAGCAACUGGGAGACGGGUCCUACAAAGACCAGUCUGCUCUCUGCACCAAGCACUGUCAGCAUGUUUGUCCCUGCGCCCGAGGAAUUCAUUGAUGAGCAGCCUACCACAAUGUCUGACAGGUGUCGGGACUGUGCAGCCGUGCUGGAGGAAUACGACGAGGAGACUCUCGGCCUUGCAGUAGUUGUUCUUUCCAUGUUCAUCCACCUCAGCCCUGAUUUGGCUGCACCAAUGCUUCUCGACAUCAUGCAGUCUGUGGGCAGGUUGGCAUCUAGUGCCAAUUUUUCCGGACAAGCUGAGAGUAUGUUGAUCCCAGGGAAUGUAGCAGGUGUAGCCAAGCAGUUCCUCCGCUGUAUGUUUCACCAGCUGGCCCCUAAUGGCAUCUUGCCCCAACUCUUCCAGAGUAACAUCAAAGAUGGAAGUUUUCUGCGAACACUUGCAUCUUCCCUGAUAGAUUUUAAUGAAUUGAGUUCUGUUGCUGCCCUCAACAUGCUACUUGAGGGCUUGAACAACAAGAAGAGCCUGCCAGCAGGGGGCACAAUGCUGCACUGCCUGGACAACAUCGCCACCUUCAUGGAGGCUCUCCCCAUGGACUCUCCUAGCAACCUGUGGACAACCAUCUGCAACCAGUUCCAGACCUUCCUCACAAAACUGCCCUCUGUGCUUCCUCUGAAGUGCCCUAUGGAUUCCAGUUUGAGGAUAAUCAUUUGUCUACUGAAAAUCCCAACUACAAAUGCAACCAGAAGCCUCCUGGAGCCUUUCUCCAAGCUGCUGAGCUUUGUCAUCCAGUAUGGCAUGUUCAGUCUCUCCUACCUCGUAGAACUGUGUGGACUGUGUUACAAAGCCUUCAACAAGGAAAGAGAUAAGUUCUACAUGUCCCGCAUUGUGGUGUUGGAGCUUCUGCAAGCUCUCAAGUUCAAGUCUCCUCUGCCUGACACAAACUUGUUACUGCUGGUCCAGUUUGUUUGUGCAGAUAUCGGUACACGGCUAGCAGAAUCCACCAUCAUCCAAAAGCACAUGAUCUUAACGCUGCCGGGGUGCACAACAGCAGCCAUGGAAUGCAUGAGACAAUACAUAAGUGAACUCCUGGACUUCAUUGCAGAUAUGCACACGCUAACCAAACUUAAAAGCCAUAUGAAGGCUUGCUGUCAGCCGCUGCAUGAGGACACUUUCGGGGGGAACUUGAAAGUGGGAUUGGCACAAGUCGCCGCCAUGGAGAUCAGCAAAGGCAAUCACCGUGAUAACAAAGCUGUGGUCCGUUAUCUUCCCUGGCUUUAUCAUCCGCCAUCAACAAUGCAACAAGGGCCAAAAGAAUUCAUCGAGUGUGUGUCCCACAUUCGUCAGCUGUCCUGGCUACUUUUGGGCUCUCUGACACACUGUGCCCUGCACCAGGGCUCCACCUCCUGUAUGCCCAUCCCUCUAGAUGCUGGCUCCCACAUUGCAGAUCAUCUUAUAGUCAUCCUCAUUGGUUUCCCAGAACAGUCAAAGACGUCGGUGCUGCACAUGUGCUCUCUGUUCCACGCCUUCAUGUUUGCCCAGCUGUGGACCAUCUACUGCGAGCAGGCAGCCGCUGCUCCGUCCCUGCAGAACCAGAACCAGACAGAGUUUUCCUCUAGUGCCAUCCUCACUGGCCUGGAGUUCUGGAGUCGGGUAACACCCAGCAUCCUGCAGCUCAUGGCCCACAACAAAGUGAUGGUUGAGAUGGUGUGUCUUCAUGUCAUUAGUUUGAUGGAAGCCCUGCAGGAGUGCAACUCAACCAUUUUUGUCAAGCUAAUCCCUAUGUGGCUACCCAUGAUUCAGUCAAACCUUAAUCAUUUGUCUGCGGGGUUGCAGUUGCGUCUCCAGGCCAUCCAGAACCGUGUGAACCACCAGUGUCUGCAGGGCCAGACAUCGGGAGCUCCUCCGUUUGCUCUGCGCAAAUGGCUGCAGUGCACCCAGUUUAAGAUGGCUCAGGUGGAGAUCCAGUCGUCUGAGGCUGCCUCGCAGUUCUACCCUAUGUGACCUGCUCUGUGGUCACCUCGGGUCUACUCUGGGUCCUGAGACCUGCAUGCAUCCUCUCUGACCGAACCCUCUUACCAAAAAAAAGGACUCUUCUGUAAACUGAUGCUGUGUGGGAUUCAUUUGGACUGGAUCAUUUUCAGCACUUUAGUAUAAUACCUGUAUAUGUACAGUAAAUCUAUGCUAUUUUAAAGUACAAUCACUGAAGCUUAUAAUUAAAGGUUUGGCAGGCUUGUGUGGGAGAAUUGUUUUAGGUGCCUAACUGUUGUAUUCAACAGAUUUGAAGAGUCAGUAGAUGACUAAGAGAAUUUCUAUAGAACCAUGUUAGUUAUAGUGAGGGUGUGGAAGCAAAUGCUCGUUGAAUCUUAGAUACGCUCACUCUGUUACGUUCAUAUUCUAUCACUUUUUAAGUUGCUUGGUUGCAAACUGGAUAAUAAAAGAGUUUUUCUAAAUGUUGGGAA